AUGAGCUCUCAGAUGACCAAGGCAAAGCAGGCGUUUGAAAUCCUGAAGCAUAAGAUCGUGUCGACCCCAGUAUUGAGGCACCCUGAUAGGACCAAGCAGUUUGUUAUUAUACCCCAUGCAAAUCAAUGGGCUGCAUGUGCGGUCCUGGGUCAAGAACAUGACGGUUUGAUCCAGCCAGUGCGUUUUACGAGUCGUGUUCUCCACGAUGCGGAGUUGAGAAAUCACAUCGCGGAAAAGGAGGUCAUCGCCGUGCUGAGAACACUCAUUCAGGGUUACCCUCUCAUCGUGUACACUAGACACUCGGUUCUGAAGUGGAUCAUGAAAUCCAAGACGACAGAUGGGAGAUGUUGGAAUCUGGACAUCGGGAAGGUCCAGCGAGACGAAGAUGGACUAGCUGCCAUCCUGGGCGCCGGUACCACACAUCGAGAGCAUUUAGACGAAGUCGCCGAGGGGAUCAUUCCUGCCAAGAGGCGUGCGAAACCGCCACCUAUAAUUAGCGUGGAAAUGUUGGAAGAUACUUUCGAGGGAAUC